AUGUACACUCAAAAGGAGGAGCUUAGUAUUGGCGACAAUGUCCUUAACAAGCUAAAGAAGGACUUUGAGGAGGUCAUGCAGGCCCUCAAGGAAGAGGAGGGCCAUGAGUACUUCCAAGCGGAAUACGAGAGGAUUUAUCAUGUUCUCAAGAAGAGCCACGAAUCGGAGAAGAUGCUGAUCGCGGAAUGUCAGAAAAUGACGCAGGAACUGCUUGGCAACGCGGCGAAGAUGCAGGCCGCGGUGAAACUAUCCCAAGGCGAUCACAGCAUGAUAGAAGCCCUGAAGCGAGAAAUAGAAAAGGCAUGGCAGGUUGUCGACAGUGCAAACGAUAAGGACCAGCGUGCUCGAGAAACAGUCGUCUCGCUUAGGCAGGAAAUUGCAUCACUGCAGUCGCUCAUGGAAGAAGGCUCCAUGCUCACCUCAGAUCACACGUCGAAUUUAGACCAAUUGAAGAUGGAAACCAAACGACUGCAAACGGAGUGUGAGGAAAUGUCUAAACGAAAUGCCAAAUACAGCAAAAGUGUUACCGAGUUGAAGGCUCAAAUAAAGGAAGCCGAAGAAAACAUGCAUAGCUACGAGGAAGAGCUCGCGCGGUUGGAGGAUCAUUACAAAUUGACUAAUCAAGAGUACAACCGCGAGCGGGGUGCACGGGAGCGCGCCGAAUAUCAGUGCAAAGAACUCCUUUUGGUUCUCAGAACAAGGGAAAAUGAAUUAACCACUAUACAGGAACGUCAAAGGGUAUUAGAAAAAAACAUCUCAGACCAUCGUUCUGAGAUUAACAUAGCGUUGGAAAAGAAGCAGGCCUUGGAGAAGAAGCUGGAGACAGCGGACCGACAGCUUUUUCAUACGCAGCAGUCUUGCAACGAUAGCGUUGACACGACGAUGAGCCUCAAUGAGCGGCUCCAGGAAAUGAAUCGGAAGAUUGUAGAACUCGAUCGAAAAAUCCUUGAGGCAGAAAGUGAGCACGAGCGCGUUCAGCGCAUAAAGGACCGCGAUAUCCGUGAACUCGGGCGAUUGCAACAGCAGAAUGAUAGUAUUCGACGGGAACAAGAAAAUAUAUUGCACCAACGCGACCAGGUUCGCAAGAGGAUUGAAUCGCUCGUGACAGAAAGGGAGAACUUUGAGAAGGCGCAUUCUAUCAUCCUCAAGGAGUGCGCAGAUAUUGAGAAAAAAGGUGAAAAGGAGGUUCAGAGGCAGAACGCCAUCCAAUCCCGCAUCCGAAUUGAGACCGAGAAUCAAAAGGAGCUUGAGGGGUUCAUCCAAGAGCAACGCCAGAUAGAGGCAGGUCUUUUAGAAACCCUUUCACGUUUCGAGAAGGAGACUACACAGUGCGUGGAUGAGAGCUCGCAGGUCGCGGCCGACCACCUCAACACGCAGGAUGAGCUCCUGGCGGCCGUCGCGGCGGUCGAGGAAACGAAAAAGCGCAUCGAUGAGAGCGAAGCGAAUCUGUCGAAACAGCAAGGCGCGUACGAGCAGGUCCGCGCAGAGCGUAACCAGUUCUCGAAGAAGCUCAUCGAAACUCAGGACGAGGUCGUCGAACUCAAACAGAAGUUCAAAAUGAUGGAUCACCAGCUGCUGCAGUUUAAGGAGGAGCUUCAGAUCAAGGAGCGGAAGGAUCAGGAGGAGGUCUACACCCAGAAGAAGAUAACGGAGCGGCUGGCGAAGGCGCAAAAGCAUGUGGAUGAGGAGGUGAUGCUUUUUGAGGCGACGAAGACGAAGUCCGUCUCUAUCGGGUUGAAGAUAAAGCAGCUAGUGAAGAUUGUCAGUAACUGUGAUCAGGAGCUUUCGGCGCGACAACAGCAGCUCCUGAAGGUAACACACAAUCGAGAUAUGCUUGGUACGCAGCUGGUUCGGCGAAAUGACGAGAUCGCAUUGCUAAAUGAAAAGCUCCGGUUGCAUCAUGAGGCAUUGGUCGAGGGUGAGGCUGCUUAUCGCGAGAGGGUAGGGGAUCUGCGUCUCCUGAGGUUUAAGAUCUCCGAGAUAGGACGUCAGGCUAACCUCGCUAACUCACGCCUGCGGGAUCUGAAAGAGAGUAAGGAGAACCUGCGAAAUCUAAGAAGGGAGCUUGAGAUGGAGAAGACAAAGGCCAUCGCACUAUCUGAAGAGAUCGAAGACCCGCAAAAGCAAUCUAGGCGGAAGAUAGAAGGUAAGGAUCCGUCGAUCGAGGACCUCCAGGAAAGACAGCGAGUCUUGCGAAAGCGGCUCAUUUCCAAGUCCGAGGAAUGUCUAGAAAAAGAGCUUAUACUGGAUGAAAAGAAGCGUCUGGUGACCGAGCUCCAAAACGUCAUCGCCAAUCAGCUCGGACCGGAGGUGGUGCGGCAUCUCAACAGCUGCCAUCACGAGUUGCAGAAGAGGGCCACAUCGAUGAAGGCAAAGGCCUCAGAGCUGAAUAUGACCACCACUCACAUUACGGAGUUAAAGUACGAAGCGGAGCGCCUUCGUCGCGAGCUGCACGACAUGAAACGUAAGUUUUACGAGGUAAAGAUCAAGAAUGAUACCAUGGCCAAUACCUUCCUUCUAGACAACCCCCGUAACGUACGUAAGCAGCCCCCACCGGGUGACUCAGAUUCAUUUGAUACCGUAGUAAAUGGGAAACCCCCAGCACUCUCGAAGCGAAACAAAUUCUAA